CGUUCCCGAGUCGUCCGAGCAUCUCGUCAGUAGGAUGCGGCGGCGCUUGCCGCUCCUUCCUGUGGUACGGCGAGAGGUAAAAGGCAAGGACGACAAGGCUGCGGAGGUACCUGAUUUCCACUUCACUCCGAUUGCCACUCGGGAGUCCGAUGGAGCAAGGGGCGGCUUCAUGAGCGGAGACAUCAUGAUGGCUUCUGCACAUAUGGGCCUGGAGUGUGUGGCCACAACGGAUGGGGUGCGGCUCAUGGUGGGGGACACGGCAAUGGUAAGGUUACCAGCGUUCGGGAACAGCCCACACCCCUGCCGGAUUGCUGCGAUCUUCUGGCAGAAUACGCGGAAGCAGAGGCGACGCGCCCUCGAGCUUUCAGGGGGGAAUGGGGGGGGCGUUUGCCGGUGGUUUCAGGCUUUGGAUACGAUUGACGAAGAGGACGAGGAUGCAGGGUCCUCGCCCUCGUCAACCUCUACAGGCGCAUCGUGGCAAUCGUCGGAAGAAGAUGGGGAGGAAGAAGAGGAAGAGGAAGAGGAAGAAGAAGCGGAAGAGGAAGGAGAGGACGAAACCCAACAGGGGCGGCCGGGGGGUGGGGUCCAAAGCACUGGUCAUCUUGUUGUGCGUGUCAAUCCAUUCGUGUUCAGGAGCGACAUGCCCGACGGUAUCAAGAGCAAGCGCCGACGAGACCAAGAUGUGGAGUCUGUUUGGGAGGUCACGAACCAGGAGGAGAACGUCGGAGUGAGUGCACUGGUGCUUGUGAGGGGAAGACUACAAGGGCUGAUCCUCGACAGCCCGGAGCACAGCGACAGGACGAACACGAAGAAUGCCAACGGUUGUACCCUCCGGUCGUGCCAACGCUGCAAAGUACCACGUCGCCAUCUCGGCAACCCGCGCUACGACAUCCGGCAAAAUCGGCGGACGGCCGAAGGCGUCGAUGCCAAUAUCGAGUACGUCAAGCAAGGGGCCACCAAGACCGAGGGCGUCGAGCGUGCGAAACAACGUGGCGUCGUGGUCCCCAAGGUGUCGAAGAAGCUGACUUUCGAUCGGCAGCUUCAGAUCCCGUUCGACAUCCUGCAUGCGGACAGCCUGGUGUGCCGGGCUUUCCGAGAUCUCAUGGAAGCAUGCAGUGCGAGCACGUUCAUGGUGCGCCUUGGCUCGUACACAGACGCCGAGCUGAGGGUGCUGGAGAAGUGGCAAAGAGAGCAGGUGAAGCUAGAAUUCCAUGUCUGCUACGUUUGA